AUGAGGACUAUUGUUGACGCUGUUCAGUUUCUCCUUCUCAUUUGCUUGGCUGUCGUUAUCCGCGCCGAAUUUCAUCGGCAGAUUUUCGUCAGGCCAGGUGGCGUUUUUCAUAAAGAAUCAAUCGAAAGGGUUCGUUAAAAAAGCUUGUCAUCAGAAAUGUUUUUAGGACGGUGUCACCUGUGUUUUUGAAUAUAGAUGUCAGGGUGGUACCGGCGAGGUUUGUCUCGAUAUGUAUGUAAUCCUUACGACUUUCAAGAAUUGGGAUCUUUCGCUCAUGGAAGGAAUUUCCAAGGGUCAUGCGGUUUGCCAUGCCCAACGGUCCGGGGAAACUACGAGCUACCUGUAUUUCCAAGAUUUCUCUUUACGAAUUGAGGGUCCAGCCGAAAUGAUAACCGGCCAAGCCUAUGUAAUAACCAUUCCAUUCUUACGCGCUUAGUCUCAAAUGGGAGUUCCGCUUUUGUCGAACGAGUUCUUGGUUGAUCUGAAGAAAAAGGAAGGUAACGCUUUCUUGUCAAAUUCAACUUUUUUAGUUUCGCACGUCAACGGAAAGUUCAAAAACGCGUUGGUGCAUGUUUCAUCAGAAUAUAUACGCUUGCCCGAACAGGACCUAUAA